AUGGACCUCCUGGUCUCUCCCAAGCUGGACCACCUUCUUCCACCAUUGCUCCACCUCCUUGUCCAGGACUCAGGGGACAUGGAGACGGGGCCACCAGGGGGUGGCCACGUCACACCAGAAGCCUCGAGGAACGUCCUGUGGGUGAUCGAGGGGACCUCCUGCGACCUGCCCUGGCAGGCUGCCCUCUUCAAAGGGGAGAAGUUCCUCUGCGGAGGGACGCUGGUGGACAAGAACUGGGUGCUGACGGCCGCCCACUGCCACGUCCCAGGCUUCAUCAGCGUGCGGUUGGGGGGCCAGAGCCACAAGGACUCGGGUGGCAUCGAGCAGUGGCGACGCUCAGCCAAGGUCUUCAAGUACCCGCGUUACAACGACACCAACAAGGACGGCGACCUGAUGCUCAUCAAGUUCCUCCUGCCCAUCCACGUCACCAAGCACGUGAAGCCGCUGCCGCUGGCUUCCCGCUGUCCCGUGCCCGGCAAAACCUGCCAGAUCUCGGGCUGGGGGUCCACCACCAGCCCUGAAGCCUCGAGGAACGUCCUGUGGGUGAUCGAGGGGACCUCCUGCGACCUGCCCUGGCAGGCUGCCCUCUUCAAAGGGGAGAAGUUCCUCUGCGGAGGGACGCUGGUGGACAAGAACUGGGUGCUGACGGCCGCCCACUGCCACGUCCCAGGGUAG